CACACAGUUGAACAGUUGAAAGCGUUGCGAUCAUAAAUUAACGCGAAUCGUGUGAACAUUUUGUUUUCUUAGACAGCGGUAAUGAUGAUAAUAGUGCAAAACUAGUGCAAGAUUUCAAACAAAAUAGAACAAGAAGCAGAAAUUUACAAUAGAAAAAAUUAAAAAAAUAAAAAUAAAAAAACUUCAAUACUAACAAUAUAAUUUAAUAUUAACAAAAAAGCAAUAGAUUUGCUUAGCAAAAAUAUAACUGUGAUUACUGUGUACCUACUUUACAAAACAACGACGUUAACGAAAAAAAUAUACAAAAUAAAAAAAUAUAAAUAAAUAAAUUAUAAAAUAUAUUUUUAUUUUAAAUAUAUGUAUGUAUGUAUAUACAUAUAAAAACUAAGUAGCUUAGUGAAUAUUUAGAUUACAAUUUGAGUUUGGCACGAGAAGGUCAUUAGCUUAUAUAAUCGCACGAAGUUAUUCAUAGAAAUCACAAAGAGACGAUGAAUUCUUCAGUAUCCUUCCUGUUGUUGAUGAUCUGUGCGAUCGUUUUGGGGGCACAACAAGGCCAAGCAAAGAAGGGCUGCAACGCAUAUGGACAAGCCUGUUACGGUGGACACGGAAAACGUUCGCUGGGCUCCUUAACGGAUGAGAUGCUGGCAAAUAAGGCAUACAGAAACGAGAGAGAGGAAUUGCAUCCCAAUGAAUUGCUGCAGGCGAUGCCUAACGAAGCGACAGGACUAUUACAGGAUAGAGAAAUUGACACGUUCCCCAGAUAUCGACUCAUCAAGAUUAUGAGGUCAUUGUUGAGUGGACAUCUGAAGCGACCUGUUGAGCGACCAAAUGAAAUCGACUACCCCAUCUCAGCCGAGGCGUUUAGCCGUGAUAACAGCAACAGCUUCAAUUAAAUUGUCAAACACCAUGAAAGAACGCCGACAAACCAUCCAGACUGUUAAUUUCACCAAUACAACUGUUGUGCAACGAGCAAGUAGACGGACCUUUAAGUGUGCAGAUACAACAAAUACGCAAUUGCUGUAAAAAAAAAUUACCAAAAAAUACCAAAAACAAAUGCAUUUGGCUUAUGUAUAAGAAGAAGAAGCAUGAAAACCAUAUUUUCCUUAAAUAUUUGUAUAUAUAUACAUAUAGCGAGAAAUCAAACAAACACACACACACACACCACUGUACAUGCAUAAUAUUGUAUAACUACAACGCUUUAUCACCGUUAAUAUGUGUACAUACAAUAAAUAUAUAAGCAGAAUUUAGCAAAAAAUAUGGUAAACAAAAACAGUGAAUUCACUAAAUUACUUAUUUUCUUCAUUAUGACAAAAUCUGACUGAAAUUUUAAGGGCUGGAAAAUUUCAGUAGAUUGCAUAGCUUACAUAGAGAUACAAACGCACACACACAACUGCAUUGUACAUUAAACACUAUUUCGAAAGCUUUCUUCAAACUGUUCCGAAGUGAAAUACAAUUAUAUAACUAAGGAAAUUAGACUAUACUUUAGAUUAGUGCAUCUAAAACAAACUUAGCCAAACUCUAUGUUCCAAAACAAAGAUAAUGAAAAGCAAAGACUAUAGGAUACCUUUAUUUACCAAAUAUGAGUAUGUAUGUAAAUGUUAAUAAAUUAUUAUAAAGCUUAAAUUGA